UAGAAACCAUGGUCGAUAUACUGAGGUACCUUUCAAGUUCCAAUGCGCAGCCAUAGAUUCGCAGCUCGAGAGACUACGGUGGAUUGAGAGCUAAAGCGGUUCCCUGAUUUUCGAUUCAACUCCAACCCAAACAAAAGUCAAUCUGAACCCAGAAUUCUGUGCCCCCACAAAAACCCAUAAAUCUGUUCUCAAAAUCGUUUCUUUUUUAAUCUCCCUUUCUCAAACGUAAUCUUCUUCUUGCCAAAUCGAGGUCUCUUUCGAUCCGUAUCAAUAUGUCAGGGAGAAACCCCACAUAUACCAACCCAGAACCCUGCAAACAUCUAGCAGAUUACAAGCUAAAACAUGGAUUGAGUGGCUACAAUUCCCUCCAGAAGAGCCUCAAUACGAACCCAAAUGGAAGAACAGCGAUGAAUAGAAGCCAAACAAAGAUACCCAGAUGCAGUUUUUGUUCUGGGUAUCAAGGGAGAUUGUAUUUCUGUUUGAUCUGUUCCUCUGUUUCGUGUUGUCAUUUACCCGAUUCAAACCAUGCCCUCUUACAUUCCCAAACUGAGAUUGGUCAUGAGAUUGCUGUGGACAUGGAACGAGCAGAGCUUUUUUGUUGUGCAUGCUGUGAUCAGGUAUAUGAUCCAGAUUUCGAUAAGGCGGUUAUGUUUAAACAGAUCAUGGAGAUACCCAGAAACAACAAUGGCGCAGAAGUUGGGAAAGAGAAUUGCAACAAGAGGAGGAAAGUGAUCUCCAAGGCUGUGAGAGAUUGUAUGAAUGCAAAAGAUUUGGUUUUGAAAUUGGGUCGAGGACCGAAUUCGUGUUUCCCUUGGGGUUUGAGGGGAUUGAGCAAUCUUGGUAACACCUGUUUCAUGAAUUCAGUCUUGCAAGCUUUGCUUCAUUCACCCCCUUUCAGGAAUUACUUCCUCACUGAUCGGCAUAGAUGUAGAACUUCUCGGAAGAGCUCAUUGGAUAAACCGUGCUUGCGUUGCGAUAUCAUGUACAUCUUCUCUGCUGUUUAUUCCGGGGAUCCGACACCUUUUAGUCCUGCUCGGUUUCUUUACAGUUGGUGGUGCCAUUCGCCAAAUCUUGCCAGUUAUGAGCAACAGGAUGCUCAUGAGUUUUUCAUCUCAGUGCUCGACCAGAUCCAUGAGAAAGAGGAGCAGACCAGAUCCUCACAUAAAGAUAACAGUGAUUGCCAUUGCAUAGCUCAUAAGGUAUUCUUUGGGGUGUUGAGAUCAGAUGUCACUUGUACAACCUGUGGGUUCACUUCGACAACUUAUGAUCCCUGUGUAGACAUAUCUCUUGACUUGAAUCCAAGUGAUGGCUCCUCAAAAAUUGUAACUGGAAAGUCCUCCAAUCCAGGUGAGGAUGAAGAUAUAUCAACUCUUGUGGGUUGCUUGGACCUAUUCACAAGGCCAGAGAAGUUAGAUUCUGACCUCAAGCUAUACUGCCAGCAGUGUCAAGUAAGUAGGGACUCUGUGAAGCAAAUGUCCAUCAGACGACUCCCACAGGUCUUAUGUUUCCAUAUAAAACGAUUUGAGCUCUCUCCUCUCCGGAAAAUGUGUAAAAAAAUUGACCGGUACCUGCAGUUCCCAUUCACACUUGAUAUGACUCCUUAUCUGUCCUCGUCAAUUGUGAGGAACAGGUUUGGGAACAGGAUCUUUGCUUUUGAGGGUGAUGAAUCAGAUAUUUCUACAGAAUUUGAGGUGUUUGCAGUGGUUACACACUCUGGGAAGCUUGAAAGUGGCCACUACGUGACGUAUCUGAGGUUAAGAAACCAAUGGUAUAAAUGUGAUGAUGCAUGGAUUACCCAAGUUAGUGAUCGGGUUGUGAGAGCUUCACAAUGCUACUUGAUUUACUAUGUACAGAAAAUGCCCUAAGGUCAUGGCAAGCAAGGAUUUGAAAAGUGUCCUGAUGUCUUCACAGGGAAAUCCAUUUCUUCCUAUACGUGGUUUUAGAGAAGAUGUUUAACAAAGAUAGAUGUUGAAAUUGAAGGUGGAAUUGAGGAUAUUUAGGUUUUUUCCUUACAUGUGGACGCAGCAUAUUCAUGGACCCAAUAGGAUGAGAAUAAACCUACAAAGGCUCUCAAAACAAUUCUCCUGAUGGAAAUAGUUCAACAUCUGGAGUUGUAUUGCAUUAGCAAAAAAAUAAUCCGUCUCAGAGAUACAGAAAUGAAGGGGAGAUAAAUUUUGCUCACCCGUCCAAUAAUCUCCAGUUCCAACAUAAUGUGGUGUAUGGCCAAACAGUCGCAGGCAUUGUCAGGAAAUAACGGUCCUCCUUGCUUUUUCAGCUGUCUUAAAUGAUUUUUAUCUUAACUCUUUAUUUUAAUUACCCUGCUGAAGUAUAUGUUGAGUGCAGGAAGUUGGGUAACAUUUGGUUUUCUUAUAGAAAGGGCAGCUGCAUCAAGUGCAUUUCCCAGCUGGAUUAAUCUUAAUUCCCUUAGUCAGCUUGGACCAAUUUUUUUCUGGAGGUCUUCAAGUCAAUUAUGUACAGCAUACAUCUUUAUCAAAAAGUAUUGAGGAAAUUAUUUAUUUGAAUUUGACACAAUUUUAAUGGAUACCUGCUUUUUGCCUU